GCGAAUCCACAUUGAACGGACAAAGUUUCACUGCUAUUCGCAUUUGGGUUUAAACCACAACCACCACGAUCAGGUUGGUGCGAAUUCCAAAGGCCCCUGCUUCCUUGGUACCUAUAUUAAGUCUCCGGUCAGACUUCAUGGCCGAAAUUACUACCAGUUGAGUCUCCAUACAGUUCUGGACUGAAACUCGGAGAACAUCUUUAUCUCCUAACAAUAUUUGGUAUUGCCAAAAACAGAUAAAAGUGGUUUAAUACUACCUCCAUUACCCGUUUAACGUAAGAUAUCUUAAAAAAAUUAAAUGAGCGUAUAAUAUUGGCUAUACUAUAGUUUAAUAUCAAAAAUAUUUCAAACUGUUCCACGAAUUACCCAAAGUCCAAUACAAUAUACUACAUAUAUGUAAUGUAUACUAAAUAAAUAUAAUAUUAUAUAAUAUCGUGUAAUAUACUAUAAAUAAAUUCAAUAUUGAUAGGAAAUAUGCUUUCUCACAUCUGAUGCAUCUCUGCUGCAUGUGUAAGUGAUUUCUUAUCUCGGGUCUAGCCGAUUCCGAAUAACAUUUUGAUCGUUCUCACGCGUCGAGAAUACGUUAACUCUCAGUCAAGUUACAGUCAUAGAAAAUGGCGCUUCGUUUUCAAUAUUUGUGCGCAAUAUUUGGACAUAUUUUGUACGCUGUGAAUUGUAGCAUUUCGUUACAAAUCGAUUCCCAACCUGUGCUCACCUAUCUUUGUGACGAUGAUUUAUUAAAGAGCGCGGUCAACAAGGUCUUGAGUCUCAAAUUAGAGAGUAUGCAAAGCGAAUUAAAGACAAUGAAAGAAAUUAUAAGUGAAAUAAAGAAGAAUCAGGAAUCAGCGCCACCUGCUACCAAGAAACCAGCAUCGUGUAAAGAAGCGAUGCGUCAAGAAAACGGGAAAUAUGCGAAGAGUGGUGUUUAUGAACUUUAUCUGCCAGAAUUUCUUCAUCACCCUUUCAAUGUUUAUUGCUUCCGCGAUGCCAAUGGCGGCGAACCAUGGACUAUAAUUCAACGUCGUCAAAGCAACGACACCGACUUCUAUCGCGAGUGGGUUGAGUAUGAACGCGGUUUCGGCGAUUUGAAUGCCAAUUUUUUUCUCGGCUUGGAUAAAAUACAUGCAUUGACUCAUUCGCGAUCUCAUGAGCUGUGGUUUCAAUUAGAAGAUUUUGAAAAUGAGAAACGUGUUGCUAAGUACGAGAGUUUCGCUAUAGGCAAUGCUCAGGAUAAGUAUGAGUUAAUUGCGCUUGGACAAUAUUCAGGCACGGCUGGUGAUUCGUUCUCUGAUCAUCUCGGAGAAAAAUUCACCACUAAAGAUAGUGAUAACGACAAAAGUAUUGAUAACGACAAGAGUAAGGUUAACUGUGCGGUGACAUAUAAGGGUGCUUGGUGGUAUAAGCAUUGUCAUUACAGCCAUCUGAACGGUUUAUAUUUAGGAGGAGAAUAUCCAAAAAGUCAGGAAGGCAAAGGCGUGAUUUGGGGUAGCUUCCGUGGAGCUUACUACUCCCUCAAAUAUGUACAUAUGGCUAUAAGACCAAAGUAUUGUCACUGAGAUGGUGGUUUGCUAUUGAAAACCGUAGGCUCCAUUUAGUUUUAAACAUUAUUGACGUUAAAGCUAUUGAAACAAACUUAACUUAGCAAAAUGUUUAAUAAAGCUGUGCAUAUUCUUCUUAGCAACAAAUAAUACAUUAUUUGAAAAAAGA